UUACUGGGAAUGCUUUCAUCUUUGCCAUUUUGAUUUCUUGAUUUCCUUCGUGAAAUAUAAUGACCACCGCCGUUCUCAGCACCGAAGGCUGUCUCCGCCAUCGGUUCCGCCGUGAAACCCUCAACUUAGACUAUCCUUUUAGAUACCGUCGAAAUCCCAACCCUAGGUUGAUUAAAUCGAACAACAGAAAGGGGAGUCCCCCCCUAGGGUUUCAGUCGAAUAACAGAAGACAAGCCGAAUCCAUGGUGGCCAAAUCUCCCGGGAAGAAUCUAGUGAUGGGCCAGGUCAAGAUAUUGAAACGCGGGGAAACCUUGAUCACCGCUGCGGAGAAGAAGACCGAUCUCGGAAAGAUCGAAGAGGAAUUUGAUUUGGCAUUGGGGUCGACGAAUCGGUUGGGUCCGGAUCCGGAAACUAUGCAAAAGCAAGUUAAGCUAAAGGAAUUCAAGAUCGGUGGUUCGCAUGCCGGUUCCGCUUCUUUUGUUUCGCCGCCGCCUAGCUCGCUUCCGGUCCCUGUUUUUUUGGGAAGAACCGCUAAGGCAUCGCCGUGAUUGUUGCAUCGGUCAUUAAAAAGCUGGAUUUAGCAUAACUUCCAUUGCAGAAUCCGGAUCUUGCUAUUGGACAUCAUAUUCUCCCAUUGUAUUUUUAUCUCAAGAGGAAGAAUGUUGAGUGCAAGCCAAGGAA